AUGGCAGGGAAAAUAGGCCGAGUGGAACCAUUUGAUAGUGCAGUUGAAUCAUGGGAUUCAUAUCACGAACGCCUUGAACAAUAUUUUAUUUGUAAUGAAGUUAAAUCAGAGAAGAAAGUACCCGUUUUACUUACACUGAUUGGUGGAAACACUUAUUCACUGCUGCGAGGGCUCACGAGACCCAAGAAACCUUCAGAAGUAUCGUAUGGCGACCUAGUAGCGACAUUACGAAAGCAUCUGUGUCCAAAGCCUCUUGUCAUAGCUGAACGUUUUCGCUUUCAUAAGAGGGAGCAAGCAGAAGGUGAGACUAUUCUUGAUUAUGUAGCAGCACUGAGGAAGUUAUCUGAACAUUGUUUACUUGAUGAGGCUAUUCUGGAUGAUAUGUUACGAGACAGACUUGUUUGUGGCUUACGCAAUGAGCAUAUACAAAAGAAACUUUUAUCUGAGGCUGAACUAACCUUUACGUCUGCUACGGAUAUAGCCGUUGCUAUGGAGACAGCAGCCAGGGAUGCUACAGAACUACAGUCUAAGCACAGUCCUAGUGCAAGUGUACAUAAACUACAUACUAAAAAGAAGUUUCACGGAUAUGGAGGAACAUCAGGGAAAUAUACGCCCAAGGGAGGAAAAUCAUGUUUCCGGUGCAAUGGUGACCACAACCCACAAAGUUGUUAUUACAGAGACAAGGAGUGUUUCAAGUGUCACAAGAAGGGUCACUCUAAACAUGCGUGUCGCAGCCAGAAGAAAAAUAAGAUGAGUGUUCACAUGAUAAAUCAAAAUGACAGUUCAGAUAGUAAUGAGAUCUACAUAAAGACUUUAGAGAUGGAUAUUAACUCCAUGAGAAGAUCAGAUGAUGUGAUAAGGAUCACACCCAUAGUAAACAGUGUUAGUCUGGAAAUGGAAUUGGAUACAGGAGCUGCAGUUUCUGUUAUUCCUGAGAAAAUAUUCAAGGAGAAAUUCCCAAACGUCAAGAUGAAACCCAGUGACAUUCUGUUAAAGACUUACACAGGAGAAAGAAUAAAGCCCGCAGGUGUCGCAGAAGUCAGUGUGAGAUACCAGGACCAGCGAAAGGACCUUAAUCUGUAUGUCGUGAAGAAAGCUGGAGUUACACUGUUUGGUCGAGAUUGGCUGAAACAGAUUACACUGAACUGGCCAGAAAUAAAAGCGCUUGGAACAUGCAAAGCAGAGAAAAAUCUCAAAACUGUGUUAGAUAAACAUUCGAGUGUAUUCAAGGAUGAUUGGGGAACCUUAAAAGGAAUCAAGGCCAAGCUGACAGUUAAACCUGAUGCAAAACCCAAGUUUGUAAAGGCCAGACAGGUACCUUAUGCACUUAAACCUAAAGUUGAGGUAGAACUAGGGAAGUUGGUGAAAGAUGGUGUACUGGAGAAGUGCAACUUUAGUGAAUGGGCAACGCCGAUUGUACCAGUCAGCAAGAAGGAUGGUUCAGUUCGUGUGUGCGGAGAUUUCAAAGUGACUCUUAACCCAGUAUUAGAAGUUGACCAGUACCCUCUUCCAAGAAUUGAAGAUAUAUUUGCUGCUCUGUCUGGAGGACAACAAUUCUCAAUAGUGGAUUUAAAACAUGCUUACCUACAGAUGGAGGUAGAAGAAGAUUCACGUCCCUUACCUACGAUAAACACAGAGAAAGGCUUGUAUCGUUACAAUCGCCUAGUGUAUGGUGUUGCGUCUGCGCCAGCAAUUUGGCAGCGUUCGAUGGAUAUGGUGUUCAAGGACUUCCUGGAGUGA